CUGCUCUCUUUCUUCUCCCAGAGACAAGGAACCGGAGCUACAAAUGGAAAAGACAAGACGUCUGGUGAGAAUGAUGGACAGAAGAAAGUUCAAGAGGAAUUUGACAUAGACAUGGAUGCACCAGAGACAGAGCGGGCAGCAGUGGCGAUACAGUCGCAGUUCAGGAAAUUCCAGAAGAAAAAAGCGGGGUCCCAGUCUUAGCAGCUACCUCACACCUUAAAGUGAAGCAAUCCUGAAAUGAUUUAUCAGGAAAAUCAGAAAUAACACAAAGAUGCAUGUACAGAAAUUCUCAAUACUUAAAAACCCCUUGGCAGAUAUCAAACAAUGAGCUUGUGCGUAACUUCAUCCCACGUGUUUCACACCCGUUAACUUCUGUAACUCACCAUUUUACUUGAUGUUGUAAUAAAAAGUUAGGAUGAAGUAAUUAAA